AUAUCAUGUACGGCCUUGAAGUUUUAUUUGAAUUGAAUUAUUUCAACAAAGUCUUUGUAAUAUAUAAUCACAAAGUGCUUUGUAUUUUUGUGCAAAAAUACUUGUAAUACAAUUGAAAAUGUUUUUGUUAACUUUGAUUCUUGUAGCAAUUUCUAACAAUGUUGCAGCUGAUAACAGAGAACGUAUAAUCAACGGUCAACUAAUAGAUAUCACAGCUGUACCUUAUCAGGUUUAUGUCUUAGCUGACAAUUUUGAAUGCGGAGGUGUUAUUUUAUCCACAAGUUGGGUAUUGACAGCUGGACAUUGUUGCAGUUCUACUGCAUCAGCCGAUUAUAAAAUCCGAGCUGGUAUCACAAACAAAAGCGUGGGGUCAUGGCUAUCCAUAUCGCAAGUUAUCAGGCAUUCGAAUUAUAACAACGUUACUUAUGAAAAUGAUGCUUGUUUACUUAAAUUGUCCUCUUCAUUGACUUUGAGUAACUCUAUUCAACCUGCCCAAUUGGCAUUGACCUUCCCUCAACAAACCCAAAACGCUUUAAUUGCUGGUUGGGGAUAUCUGACUCAGAGCGGGCCGACUACGAACGUUUUGCAUUAUGGAAUUGUUCAAGUAAAAUCAGAGAAUAUUGUGCAACGACUUUUGACAACUGUAUUGGAUUUAGUAGCAAAAUUAUUGGGAAAAACGCCACAAGCAUCUACUUUGUUCUAUACAGUGAAUAAUGAUAUCACUGUUUGCUUUGGCGAUUCUGGGUCACCUUUAGCGCAGGAGUCAGAUGGUAAAGUUUUUGCAAUUGCUUCAGCUACAACAGGAAAUUGUGAUCCAAGUAAAAAUUACUUUACUGAUAUGACGGCUUUGUCAGUAAAAACUUUUAUCACCACUAAUACUGGUAUCGUUUUGUGAGAAAUGAUUAUAACAAAAUAAAUUCAUCUUACUAUA